CAAGCGAGGCGCCCCUUCGGCCAGCCGCAGCAGUCGCAGCCCUGAGCCGGAGCGGAGCAGGCGGAGAGAUGGCGUCGCAGCCGCCGCCGCCCCCCAAGCCCUGGGAGACCCGCCGAAUACCCGGGGCCGGCCCGGGCCCGGGCCCCGGGCCCACUUUCCAAUCAGCCGAUUUGGGCCCUACUCUAUUGACGAGACCCGGGCAGCCGGCACUUACCAGAGUGCCACCACCAAUUCUUCCCAGGCCGGCCCAGCAGACGGGGAGCAGCGCUGUGAACACUUUUAGACCUGCCUACAGUUCAUUUUCUUCUGGAUACGGAGCCUACGGAAAUUCAUUUUAUGGAAGCUAUAGCCCUUACAGUUACGGAUAUAAUGGUCUGGGCUUUAACCGCCUCCGGGUAGAUGACCUUCCGCCCAGUAGAUUUGUUCAGCAAGCUGAAGAAAGCAGUAGAGGUGCAUUUCAGUCCAUUGAGAGCAUUGUGCAUGCAUUUGCCUCUGUCAGCAUGAUGAUGGAUGCUACCUUCUCAGCCGUCUAUAACAGUUUCAGGGCUGUGCUGGAUGUAGCAAAUCACUUUUCCCGGUUAAAAAUACACUUCACAAAGGUUUUUUCAGCUUUUGCAUUAGUUAGGACUAUAAGAUAUCUUUAUAGACGGUUACAGUGGAUGAUGGGCUUAAGAAGAGGCUCUGAGAACGAGGACCUGUGGGCAGAAAGUGAAGGAACUGUGGCCUGCCUUGGUGCUGAGGACCAAGCUGCUAACUCAGCAAAAUCUUGGCCAAUAUUCCUGUUCUUUGCUGUCAUCCUCGGUGGCCCUUAUCUCAUCUGGAAACUUCUGUCUACACACAGUGACGAGGUAACAGACAACAUCAACUGGGCAAGUGGUGAGGAUGACCAUGUAGUUGCUAGAGCGGAAUAUGAUUUUGCUGCCGUGUCUGAUGAAGAAAUUUCUUUCCGUGCUGGUGAUAUGCUAAAUUUAGCCCUCAAAGAACAACAACCCAAAGUGCGUGGCUGGCUUCUGGCUAGUCUUGAUGGUCAAACAACAGGACUUAUACCUGCAAAUUACGUCAAAAUUCUUGGUAGAAGAAGAGGCAGAAAAACAAUAGAAUCGAGUACGGUGGCCAAGCAGCAACAGGCUUUUACCAACCCAGCAUUAGUUAAAGGAAUCACUACAGCCGAUUCUUUGGAUGAACAGGAAGCUGCCUUUGAAUCCGUUUUUGUUGAAACUAAUAAAGUUUCAGGUGCAUCUGAUUCUACAGGGAAAAAUGGAGACAAGCAAGACCUUUGAUGUCAUGCAGGUGAACAAUAUUCUAGAGUACUUUUUACAAUUAUUUCUUACAGAGAAAUUAAUUUGCAGUUGAAUGAAAGCAUUUGCUCGUGGCUGUCCCAGGCGUUUUGCUGCCAGCAGUUAUUUCACACAGUGUGUUAGCCUAGUGAUCGGGCUACAGGUGACCAUUUAUUGGACCAUGAGGACUUUUGUUUCACCCAGGUUCUAAGAUUAUGGAGAUUGUUGUCAGUUUCAUCUUAUCUAAAUCCCUAGGCUUAUGGAACAGUAAAUUUUAUGAAUAGAAUACACGAGUUGCCUCAGAAGGGAUCAUUAAUGCUUUUUAAAGUUCUGAGUUAAUUGGCUUGAAGUCUUCAAAACUUGAGUGGUAACAUCUACUUAUAAGAACAGGCAAAAAGGCUAAAUUUUUAUAACCUUUUAAGUAAACUAAAUAAAAAUUUUCUGAUCUA